AUGGUGACUUCUGGAGGAGAUCCGUGUCCUGGCUGCUCGCUUUCAGCUGCCGGCGUGCUGAGGAUGCCCUUCUCAGACGCAGUGAAGUAUUGCAUUCUGGGAAUUUCUGUCCUCCUGCUCCUGCUGUCGCUGGCCAUCUUGGCCUGGCAGAUCUUCAGAUGUUUCUCGCAGGCGCCGACGUACCAGCAGCAGGAUCCAGGUAACAGAGAACUGCUGUACUCAGAGGAGGAACCACCAACAGCCAGAAGAUGCUCGGCUUCUCUGAGCACCACGGUGGAGGACGUCGGCGCUGAAGCUCACAGACUCAGUCGCUGUUUGUCACAGGCCUCGUUUCCUCCCGCAGACAGAGACACGAGAGAGGACCAAACCAAUAAAAAGGUUUCUGGCUCGCUGCGUUUCGCCGUCUACUAUGACCAGCUGCAGUCUCGGCUGGUGGUCACCGUGCUGCAGGUGGAGGAGCUUCUGGACUCCAGCCAGGCUGUCAGCCUCCAGCUGUUUGUCAAGCUACGCCUGAUGUGGGCCGGAUCAGAGGGGACAGCGUUGGAGGGCCUGGGGGAGCAGGAGGGUGACGUGGCGCCGCCUGUGCUGUGGACGGUGCUGCACGAGUGGCGCACUCGCAUCGUGAAAGGAAGCUGCAGGCCUGUAUUUGGAGACCAGUUCAGCUGCAGUCUGCAGGAAGACCUGCUUCACUGCCUCCACCUCAGGAUGGAGGUGAGGGACUUUGAUAAGUUCUCCAGACACGCUGUGUUGGGGGAGGUGAGAGUCCCUCUGGGCCGGCUCAACAUCACUUAUCCUCUAGAGCUGCAGGAAGAUCUGCAAACGCCUCAGAAGGUACCGCCGAUCCCAACAAACACACACCGAGCAACACCAGGAGACUUCCUGCACCACUACUGA